AUGCUGAGGUCAUUCGGAGAGAGGUUCAUUUCUUCGUAUACGGGGACAGAAAUGCGGUCGACCAUUUCGAUCGAGACGGAAGCGGAAGAUGUGAAAUUUGUGGACGUGACCUUGGCAACGGAGAACUCUUCUCAGGUGGUCCGGUCUGUGCAGACUGAAUCGGGCAUUGAGAUCUCUGAACAGACAUACGAGGCACUUUCCCGAGCCACAUGGAGACAAGACAGCAAGAAGCCGGGAACGAUGAAGAAGCUCAGCCCGCGAAAGAAGGCGGCUAUCAAGGCAUACUACGAUUUGCAAACAGCGGCUCGCAAAUGGUUCCAGGCUGAAUGGCCGAACUGUGAUGAAGAGAUGCCGACACACUUCAGAGGCGGUCUACAGGUCAAGUAUCAUGUAGUCACGCUAAUGUACAAGUACUGGUCCGAAAAGGAUACAGGGAAAUGCUUGAAGCCGUUGUUGAUCUGCACACGGACGGUAUGGACACCCGAUCAUGAGGAGUUGAAGUGGAUCUUGCAACAAGCUGCAGAUUACAGUGGCGGACCGGCCGAUAUCGAUCGAAGGAAUUUGAUCUUGUGGAUCAACGGGUACACCGCUCUACAGAAUCGCCGGAAAAAGGCGCAGAGAAAUCCUUCGGCGGACCCUGACGCAGACGAGAUUGAACCCGUUGGCAUUCGAGUUGAAGGUGGUGUCUGUUAA